AACAUCGACUCUCACAACGAAUCUAUGUCAUAUCAACGCGCUUCACUAUGAAUAAUCCACCUCCAGCUCCGCAGUUACUGCUGCCCUUCGGGCUCUCGAACGCCCCCGAUGCCUCCGACUCCGACUCCACUGGCACCUGGGACGACGAAGGCACCUCAGCCUCAGAAGACAGUGAUGAGGAGGCAUGUUCGCUCCCAGACGAGGGAUGCGCAGACGAGGGGUAUUGGGAAGACGAGACUGCUGCAGAUGCAUGGCUGGCCAGAUUCCCGGGCGGGAUUUCUGCACUCUAUCCACAACUCUUCCUUGUCAAGCCUCGAGGAGGAAAGGUCGUAACACUAACCCGCUAUCCGGAUAGAACCGACUCUCUCCUUCACCUGCCCCCCGAAAUCCGAAACCGCAUAUACAUACAUUAUUUUGAUAGAGAUGAGGAGGUGAGGCGCCCCAAGGAAAGCUAUGCUCCGUUCCAAAAUCGUGAUGGCAUAGCAAUGCAAAGAAUCCUCCUCGGCAGUGAGAAUGUGGAGCUCAAGUUCUGGUUGUCGACGGCGUUGUUGCAAACCUCGCGACAGUUGCGUCACGAGGCAAUGUUCAUCCUCUUCAGCAACCGUGUCAUCACGAUAGAGUGGCUUCCCGCCCUCCCACGCCUGGUUAAGUUCCUGGGCAAGGAAGGUUGUGCGAUGGUGCGGUACCUGGACAUAUGGGACACGCUAAAUGUCCAAGGCGAAGACAUUGCCGGCUACCGAGAGAUCAUCACCAGCAUCAUGCAGUUCCCUGGUCUGCUGCACCUUCGUAUCGUUGUCUCCUGGGGCAUACGCCAUAUGGGGCUGUGGAGCGAUCGCACUUUCUCAUGGCUCGACGCAACUGAAUGGAACGCAAACGGUACUCCCAAGGAAGACGCGAUUCCCAAAAUGCGGGCUGAGGACAUUGACUUACAUUGGCCAGAGUGCGACGUUCUCAAGAAACUGAAGGCGCAGAAGUUCACUCUUGCUGUGAUAACCUUCUCGGCCGACAGAUACCUCGAGUUCGAUAGAAGCUAUGGGCCUCUACCCGAUAUUAUCAAGUCGAUUCAGUCUGAUCCUGCCCCCAUACAGUCAAUAGCCCUAGCAGCGACUCUCACUAGCUCUACUUUACCCCAAGUCCUCGACCCUUUCGAAGCCGUCGAAAUCCAACCGCGUAGCAGUGCCUUGACACCCAACUCGGAAUUCGAUGAUGAGGGCCCCGACAGCCCUGCUUGGCAAGACACCGACCUUCUCACCAACAAGACCAUUCCAUUCUAUAACUUCUUCCGCGAGUUCUUCUACAAUAACCCCCCUUACGGGCCUCGGCUGUCAUAUGUACACACUUCUUUUCAAAAAUUCGUCACCUUUCCAACGGCGCGGAAGUCCACAGGAGCUAUCAUGCGGGACUGCGUAUUUUGCUACAUCAGUGAACGGCACUGCGAGUAUCACGCCAUGCCAGACCAACCUCCAUUUGAGCCCAAGAUUCAAGAGGACAGGGAGGAGGGCGACGACGACGACGAGGACGAGGGUGAAGGCGAGCGCUUUGAGGUGGAGAAGGAUGUGAAAAUAUUACAGGCGCAAUUUCAAGAUCUCUCCUAUGUAGAUAUGCAGAUGGUGUGUCAGGAGUUGGUUCAAUGGAUGGAGGACCACGGCAAAACUGGCGACAUCUAUUAUCAUAAGAUUUUCGAAUUCUCAAAGAUUUCCGCAUUUCUCGACUAUCAAGGUUGGCCCGAUACGCCACUCAGCGAACGCUUAGUCCGGCUUGACCGUGCGGUUGAUGCUGGGUGGAUUGGGAAGAGAGUGGAUAAGGAGGAAAUACCGCCCUGGGAUAUGCUGUAUCGUGAAUUUCGUUCUUGUUACAGCCAUCGCCUCAAGUUCCGAGAGGAACCAAGAGUCUUCUUGUAACAAGAAGUAUACAUGGCACAGUUGUGGAAUACGCAUCAUUGGCAUGAGCAUCUUUUCCCAUUCCAGAAUCAAAACAAAUUUGUAUCCUGCAACUGUCAACUUGUACAAGCAACCUAUCACUCUCAGC